CGUGCCUCGCGCCUUCUAACUGUAAAUAAUGGCGGGCAGCCACCUACGGCGAGAGGCAAAGGCUUCCCUCACCAGAUGGCACUUGGUGCGCACGCAUGAAUGCGUCACUGUCACGUGAUUGGGCCGCCAUACUCGUGCCUAGGCAGAAGGUGGAGCCCAACGACACCUCACAUUGCGGCGAGGUGUGUACGCGACUGAGCUGAGCUGCACGCGCAUGCGUCACUUGCGUAAGAUGCCAUUGAACUGUGGAAGGUUAUGGAAGGUGUUGGCAGGAGAGCUCGCAUAUCAAAACGUUGAUCCGUCCAAACGAAGAGUACUUACAGGAGACGACGCACUUCUCUGAACGCGUCUUAAUGCGCCAAUGUCUUCGAAAUCGAUGAAACGAGAAGACUCGCGAUACCCAAUAUGGAUGAAGAUACAUUGCUUUAACUUACAGGCUCGCUGACUUUCCUGCGUUUCUUUUUUCAACCAACACACGAAUCGAAGAUCCGAUGGAUUUCUGGGACGCUGAUAAUGGCGAUGUCGUGUACAUAGUUAUACAACGUGUGCAGCGAGGGCAUAAAAGAUGGAAAAAGGCGGCCGCAAAUGCAGCCGGUUAAAAAGGCGCGAGACGCUGACAAUGGACGCAUGAGGAAUCGACCGCCAUGAGCCGAUGAAUAGCGGCUUUCACAACGAAAUCGGAAAGCUCGGAAGUUCGGGUUCUUGUGGAGGCGCGGCCAUGUAGGAGGAAUUGUAUUUCCGGCAAAAACCCAAAUCUCUCCGCGACUACGGGGAAGUCGGCGGAUGAAAUUGGCAAAUUGGCAGGUUCGAAAUAUUCUCACCGUCUCUCAAGAGGCGUCUUUAACAACCCAAAUAGCACAGAUGAUUUUGAAUUCUCUGUGCUAUCUGGAUCUUUAACAAAAAGAAAAGAGAACUUGUUAUUAUUUCUUCCUAUUUCUUGUUAUUUUUUAUUAUUUCCGAGAUAAACAAGAAAGAGUGAGUCUUACUCGCGAGAUCGACACGACUGCAAGAUCUCGCGGCAUCGCGGGGGAUGCAAGACGAGAAAUAUCGGCGAGGAGCAGUGACACGUAGACGGCGGAAUAUCGAGUCCCUUUAAUUGGAUAAUUGAGAUUUGGAUAGGAAAUGGGAGGACGGGGACGGACGCGAUGCGGAAAACGAGAGGACACGAUCGCAGCUCGAUCCAUUCUGCGGCGAUGCAUUUGUGGAGCGGCCGCUUCCUGCGGCUGGAGAUAGUCCGCGGCACGUAGAAUUUGCAGCAGCAGCAUUCUAGCAAUAUCUGCAAGCAAAUUUAGGUGGGUGUCAGCGUUACACAUACUCAUCGCUGGUCUUUCUUACCUACCAGAAUCUCUUUUAUAAGAAGUGUGACUGGCAUUAAUCUGGAUGGGCGCCACAGAGAGAAAUUUUCUUGUGCCAAAUUUCACAAAUAGUUCAGUGCCUAAAAUCCCUGUUUCUCUCGAGGAACGGUCCGCGGCGCAAGCUGAAGGAAUUAGAGAUCGCCUCCGACAGACGCGACACGUCUUUGAGAGGGAAUUAGAAGAAUCUCUGACGUGCGGGAAUAUUGCUUAUCGGAAGACGACUUCUCGCAACGGCCAAACUGCUCGCCCUCGAUGCUCAGUGUACCUUAAUUCUACUAUAUAUAGUUCAUUUCGGAGAUUCUCCCUCGCGCGGAGGAUAGCAGGACGGAGGGGAUGAGUCUCGGCCGGUGCUGAGGAGAGAACGGACGCGACGACGCUGCGACGACACCGAGCAAAACUGUGUCUAGAGGGACACGAGUAUGGAGUGGCAGGGAGGAGCGGUGUCGUGAAAGCGGGUUAGCCCGGGAUCACAGUACUCAGGGUGGCCGAGGCCGAGGUCGCUGCGGCUCGAUGAUGGCGAGCUCGGGCUCGGCGGUCGGCGACGGGGUCGGCGACGACGGCACGACGGGCGUGCCGGGCGGCGGACUCAGGAAUCCCCUCACCUGCGGCGUCUGCCACGAAUAUUACAACGAGCCCUGCCUGCUCUCCUGCUUCCACACCUUCUGUGCCCGUUGCAUACACGGCCCUCACAUCGACGGGAAGGUCUCCUGCCCUAUCUGCGGGCAACAGACACAGUUGAAGGAAGGUGCGCAACUACCACCGCCCGAUCAGCUGAUGCGUCAAUUGGUAGAGCUGGCAAACUCCGAGAAUCCACCAUGUGCCAACUGCGACAAGCGCGACAAAUCGACCAUGUUCUUCUGCACUACGUGCGGCCAAGCGCUUUGUACCCACUGCAGAGAACACACCCAUCGGGCGAAGAUGUUCUCCUCCCACGAGGUGGUGCACAUGAGCAAGUGCGCCAAGGACACACAGCGUCGCUGUCCGAUCCACGGGGAGCAGUACAUCAUGUUCAGCCAGAGUGCCAAAUGCAUGUUGUGCGCCACGUGUUUCCGCGACACGCCCUCGGACGCGCGGGUGCACUGCGUGGACAUAGAAAGUGCCUGGCAGCAAACCUCGAAGAAGAUGGAGAGGGCAGUCAAUUCCAUUUGCGAGCUUCAGGCCGGUAUACGGGACGGCGUGCUGGCGCUCAAGUCCCAGCUGGACGAGUUGCGCCAUAAUCUGGAGUCCGAGAAACGUUCGCUGAGCGGGUACUGCCAGGGGAUGCAGGAGGUGAUCACGAAGACGCACGCGUCCGUGGUCACGGAGAUGCAACGUCAAUUCGAGACCAAAGAGCGAAUGGUCCGCUCGCAGUUGAUCUCGCUAGGUAGCGCGCUUCCCGUACUACAGAUGCACUUGAUGUUGUGCACCGCCUUCACGAGUGGCGCGACGAAAUAUCAGUUUCUAGAACUGGCCCAUCCGAUGCUGGAGCGACUGGGUCGCGUCGCCCAGCUGGGUCAUCCCUCGCGACCGCCUCUACUCGGCGCUCACAUCAAAACGAAUUACAGAAUCGACUUUGCACGCGCCCUGCAGCCCUUCAUAGGCCAGACGCAGUCGCUCAAGGAGUCCUUGUACGAUCACACGAUCGGCCAGUCGGAGCCGCAGGUGCUUCAGAGCAGCAAGACUGCUCAGAGGCUACCGCCGAAGACCGGACCCGACGGCGGUUCGUUCUCCAAUCACUGUCGUACCUUUGAUACGCAGCUGAAGGAACUGAGUCAACAGCUGCUGACGGUGAAAGAGCGACUGGGGGAACUGCAUCGGGACGUCGCUCUCCUGAGAAGAGCGAACACACCGCCGUUGGGCACGCGUUACGAUCUCGUGGCGAAAGACUGCCGCGUGCUGGAACAACAAUUGGAGCAUCAUCAAAUAGAACUCGAGCGGCUUAGAAAUGUAUUCGACGCGCUGUGGGAGGAGCAGGCGUGCAGGAUUCACAUAGAGAAGGAGAUCUUUCAUUCGCAGAUGAACGACAUACUGUCGCUGAGGAGCGAGGUGAAGAAGCUGCAGACGCUCGCCCAGCAACUGGAGCCUUUCGUCAAAUCAUUCUCCACGGGCGUGAGCGCUGGAGAAGUGAGCAUGGCCGCGUCGGACGUGGCCGACAAUCAGCAUCUGCAAGCGCUCUUGGAUCACCUGGCGCGCUUGCAGAUGCAAGAGCCACCUCACCCGGCGACUCAGGCGCCCACGAAGGAUCACCGUCAUUCACGCAGUACUGCCACGAGUGCCGACAACGCGCUAUACAUGAAGGAAACGAAGGAGAUCCCGACGCGAUGUCGCACACCAUCCAGCGGCGUCAGCGCCGUCCUGGACACGAGCGGCAACAUAAUGGUGUACGGCGCGACCAAAACCGACCCGAAGAAAGGCGUGCUCAGCCAGCUGAUCGAGAAGGCGCGGGCGAAGGACGAUCGCAAGAAAUCACCGGGCAGGGAGGAUGGUCGCGAUCGCAGCCAGAGCAGACGGUCGCGGAAGUCACCGGACAGCACAAAGCCGAAAACGCCGCCCGGCCACUCGACCGGCAGCAAAAUGCGUUCGCUGUAUCGCUCGUUGAAAGGCGGCACCGGCGACACCUCCGCCGAGGCCCUCGAUCAGGCGGACAGGUGUACCGCCGAUUCUCAGCAACCGCAGUCUCACAUCGGGGACGAGGGCGAGUACCAACGAAUCUCGGAAGCUUCGAGCAUGGGCGAGGCGAAGAAGCGCGUGCAGGCGCAGGUGCACGCGGUGCCGGUGGACGAGCAGCCGAUCCCCAAGCCCACCAAGACCUAUCCGGUGAGCGACUCCGAGGAGCUGUUCUACGCCGACGAGAAGGCAGCGAGCGACGCGAGGCGACGCCGACGCGCCAGCUGCGACAGCCUGAGCACGACCGGCUCCGGCAAUAGCAGGAGAUCGAGCAUCGCCGACGGGACGAAACAACGUUCCUGGGAAACCUUCCCGAGACCCAAAACCAAGCGCGGCGGUGGCGGAGAGGCAGGGACGGCGUCGUCUCUCGGCCAGCUCAAGAAAGCGGACAGCUUCGAAGGUCACGAGGAGGCGGUGCGCACCUUGGUGGCGGCCGUGCAGGAGACGCGCUCCCAACUGAGACAGCAUCAUCUGUACCACCAUCGCUAUCAUCGCAAGAGCAAGACGAACUGAAGGCGGGCGAGCGUCUCAUUCCCUGCCGUCCCGUUCGCCAACAGUCACGUCGACGUAUGAAAGUCGCGCGGGGAAAUCCCUGCUGGUGCGUGAAGGGGAAACUUAGUAGCUCAAUUCGGCAGUACGAGUCGCGUAUCCGAGGUAUAUCCGUGAUGAGCCUAUUGCAUAGACAAGCAAAAUUAUCAAAAAGGACUAAAUGCCACUCGCCACGUGGAUUUAAGUACUUGUUAUUUAGCGAGAGAGAAAGAGAGAGUGUGUAUGUGUGUGUGUAUGUACGUAUUGUUGCAAGGAUGUAUCGGUUUUUCGAAGAUUUUGGAUAUUCUACUGAAUACACGAUAACUGAUAGAUAUAUAAAAUUAUGAUAAUAAAAUGAGAAGGAAAUAAGAGAAGGAGAGAGAAAGAGAGAGAGAGAGAGAGAGAGAGAGAG